CAGGUUAUUACACGAGACACGUCAUUUUCUUAAGUUGCUGAUAAAUGUUGAAGUUAUAUUCGGCACAAAUUGUAUAUGUUUAAAAUGAACAUAUAACCCGAAGUGUGUGACCUUUACCUUUGUGGUUGGGAGACGGGUGUAACACGCGAUACAUCGCAUUAUAAUAGGAAUAUCCUAAGCAUCUCGGUCAAGAGCAGAGCUUAAUUGUCACUGUCUGAAAUGGAUGUCUUCCUCUUCAUGCUCGUGUCCAACAGAAAGUCUAGACAAGGGCGUUUGCAAACAGAAGUGAACCGACGGCCAUCACGGCAGCAUUAAAGAAUAGCCCAAAAUUUAACUACAAACACUUAAAAAAGUUCAAGUGUUGGACAUCAUGGCGUCACAAUAGUCUGUUAAAGAUAUCUCAGACAACAGAUUAUUUUUGGCAGAGGAACAAGCGCGAAUUAACAUUUCACUAUAAACAUCUUUAUCAUUCGCUUUGAUUCAUAUAUUGAAGAAUAUCAUGGCCUCUAUUCAGACACCUGCUGGUUAUCCAAAGUUUGUUGACCAAGAGAUUGUUAGUAGACAUUUGUGUAAAGUCUGCUUGAAUGUAGCUAGAAAUUCCAUGCAGACAUCAUGUGGCCAUAGGGUGUGUGAACCCUGUGUGCCAAGUAUCUUUCAAGAUAAACCACAUCCCGUCGAAUGUCCAGCAAGAGAAAAUGAUUGUGACAAACUCUUUCCUUCUGAUAUCACCCCCGAUCCCAGUGGUAGGAAAGAGGUCAGAAAUCUCAAAGUUUACUGCAACAAUCAGUCAUAUGGCUGUAAGGAGCAGUGUAGAUGGGCAGACCUAGAGAAGCACUUACCAUUGUGUCCAUUCACACCUGUGCCAUGCCCCAAUUCACAGCAUGGAUGCUCUGUGAUGUUACCAGCUAAAACAAUGGGAAGUCACGACAGUGAUUGUGAAUACCAUCUCCAAAACUGCAGGCAUUGUGGUAGACCAGUCCCUAAAAAAUUAGAAAAAGAACAUUAUCAGAAUGAAUGUAUGGAGAUUCCCUUGGACUGUCCAUUUGGCUGUGGUGUAAAGGGACUCAAGAGAAGAGCGUUGGAAGUUCACCAAGAUGCUUGUCCAAAUAAACCGGAGGAAUGCAGUUUCAAAGAGAUUGGGUGCAAAUUCAUGGGCACAAAAGGAGAAAUGGCAAAACAUCUACAGGAGAGUACUUCAAGUCACCUUGAACAAGUCACCAUAUAUUCAAGAAAAAUGGAGAUCAAGAAAAUGGAGCUGGAACACAAAGUUCAACAACUGAUGGAAGAACAAAGGACACUCAAGUCAGAAACAGAAAGGAUAGGUCUUCUUGCUCAGAAACUACAGACAGAGAAUCGCGAGUCAAAGUUAAAAAUGGUAGAGGUAGUACAGCGAGUUGUACAUUUGGAGAGGAAGGUUGAGCUGUGUGCGACCAGGGAUCGUGUGGAUCAGUUGGACCAGGAUAUCAGAUCCAACACUGUGGGGCUGACCCAGGUGCAGUCACAACUCGUGGCACAGAACCGCAUCAUGGAGGAACUAAAAACAACUGUCGAGCAACGGCGACCCGGAGGGGCGAGUGAAGAUACAACUGAGCUACGAAGGAAGGUCACUGCACAGGAGACAUCACUAACAGCAAUCAACGUACAAAUGGGAGAGCUGGACUUAAGGUUCCAGAUUCUAGAGACAACAAGUUAUGAUGGUAUACUUCUGUGGAAAAUACGUGACUAUCAGCGAAGGAAGGCUGAAGCUGUUGCAGGUCGUACAUUAUCUUUGUACAGUCAGCCAUUCUUUACUCAUCGCUAUGGAUACAAAAUGUGUGCAAGGGUGUACCUCAAUGGAGAUGGCAUGGGCAAGGGCACUCACUUGAGCCUGUUCUUCGUUGUGAUGAAAGGAGAGUUUGACAAUCUGCUCCCAUGGCCAUUCAAACAGAAGGUUACACUACAGCUGUUGGACCAGGACAGCGGCCAGACGAAUUUGACGGACUCGUUCAUGCCUGAUGUCAACAGCUCUAGCUUCAGAAAACCCACAACAGACAUGAAUGUGGCAUCUGGAUGCCCACUGUUUGUUGCACAUAGUGUGCUGGAGAAUCCCAAAUAUGUUAAAGACGACGCAAUGAUAUUGAAGAUAAUUGUUGAUACCAAUAAUUUGCGUCAUCCUUGAGUCCCAUGUAAAUUAAAGUGGUCACUUUUUGGGAUUAUGCCCUCCUUCGAAGAAGAGGGGGUAUAUUGCUUUGCUCAUGUCGGUCUGUCGGUCGGUCCGUCCACCAGGUGGUUGUCGGACGAUAACUCAAGAACGCUUGGGCCUAGGAUCAUGAAACUUCAUAGGUACAUUGAUCAUGACUCGCAGAUGACCCCUAUUGAUUUUGAGGUCACUAGGUCAAAGGUCAAGGUCACGGUGACCAGAAAUAGUAAAAUGUUUUUUUUAAUGAUAACUCAAGAACGCAUACGCCUAGGAUCAUGAAACUUCAUGGGUAGAUUGAUCAUGACUUGCAGAUGACCCCUAUUGAUAUUGAGGUCACUAGGUCAAAGGUCAAGGUCACGGUGACCCGAAAUAGUAAAAUGGUUUCCGGAUGAUAACUCAAGAACGCAUACGCCUAGGAUCAUGAAACUUCAUGGGUAUAUUGAUCAUGACUUGCAGAUGACCCCUAUUGAUUUUGAGGUCACUAGGUCAAAGGUCAAGGUCACGGUGAUCAGAAAUAGUAAAAUGGUUUUCGGAUGAUAACUCAAGAACGCAUACGCCUAGGAUCAUGAAACGUCAUAGGUAGAUUGAUCAUGACUUGCAGAUGACCCCUAUUGAUUUUGAGGUCACAAGGUCAAAGGUCACGGUGACCCGAAAUAGUAAAUUGAUUUUCGGAUGAUAACUCAAGAACGCUUUUGCCUAGGAUCAUGACACUUCAUAGGUACAUUGAUCGUGACUCGCAGAUGACCCCUAUUGAUUUUCAGGUCACUAGGUCAAAGGUCAAGGUCACAGUGACAAAAAUCGUAUUCACCCAAUGGCUGCCACUACAACCGACAGCCCAUAUGGGGGGCAUGCAUGUUUUAUAAACAGCCCUUGUUUCAUUAUAAAUAGUCGAUAGAAGUCUGAUGGGAUUCAUAAACAUGAUGUGAAAGCAAGCUACAACAUUGUUUUGUGUGUUAUAAAGAACAACAAUGAACAACAUGAUUGGUGAAGCACAUUAUAUAGACUUUGUAGCUCAGUUUGGAAUGGUAUUGAAUACACAGGUGGGCCAGCUGCAUGGCUGGUAUGUUUUUGGAAGGGGCUAGAGUGAGGUCACUGCUAGAAUGUAGCUUUUGCUUUGCAGCGGUGUCAAGAUUUUUAUGUGCUUAUUGAACUUUUUCUCUUUCUUCUUGUCUAUAACUGAGAUGGACAUCCCGGCUCUGCACAAUUUAGACUAGCUCUGCAGGUUAUCCAGACUGAUGUAGAGCUUCCCUAACAUCAUGGUCUCCUCAACCCAAAAUGUCAUCUGAGGCCAUAGCGUAGUGGGCAGGACUGCACAAAGUGUUCAAUUGUCAUGCUGUCUGUCUUACAGAGGCACUGGUCUGACUGUUCUAUGCUGAACUUGAUAACAUGGUGAUGGUUCAUGCAGAUGGCGCCUGUCCCCUGCCUGAGUAUUAGAACCUGCUUGAGCGCAGUUGGUAGGAGUAAUUUAUGUGCUUAUUGUACAAGCGUGAAGGUUGUCGGAAGAAACUUUUUGUUUGUCCGGAACUUUUAUGUUGUUAUAUACAGGAAAUAAAAUGACAGUUUUGUGCAUUUCAACAUUUGAAUGUUAAACAUCUGUAGAAAGUCUUUUUCAUCCAUUGUAUCAAGGGCUCCUAUUUAGCACGCUUAAAAUACAAGUUUAUUUUGGAUUUGUUGUUUCCAACUGUCCAUGCCAUGAUGUGCAAAAAAUCAAAGGAAUAAAUUCAACGAUUGAAACAGAAGGGGGCAUUUAGUUGAUUUAACGAAAUAAAAUCACAAGAGGAGACACAAACUUGCCAGCUGAAAUACAGUAAAUCACAUGUGGAAAUAAAAGUUAAAUUCCAGCCCUGACUUUGUACACAUUGAUAUUGUGCCAUUUCUCUUUCUCUUUGUUUAAACAGCCUAAUCAGGAUUUAUAUUGCAAUUUGCAAGGAAUAGUUACUUACAGUCUAUUUGUUUCAAAGGAAAUGUCAACAGAAUGAUGAUACUUCUAGUUUGGAAAAGUUUAUAAGCUCAUAAUUUGGGCAAACUCACUGACUCUUAAAUCUUCUUUACAAUAUAAACACUUAAUUUUCUACAGUUCUUGGUGAUAUGUGAAACAAUGUGGAUUUACCUAUAAAUGCUUCAUAUGUUUGAUCAGUAAUAUAACAGGUACCAAAAAAAUAUGCAAUCCCUAGCCCAGCCACAUAGCUUGUGUGAUGAUUUGUCACAAAAUCCUUUCUACAAACAAUUUCCCACUAUUCCAGUAUUGCAUUGUCAGUUUUUUGAAAAUAAUACAAGAAAAUUGGGAGUUGGUGUACUGACCGCCAUAUCAUAUAAAUACCUUGAAAACGGCAGAAAUUCCAACUAAACAAAAGUAAAAACAGUACACCAUUUAUUGUUACCUCAUACAUCACUUACUUUCAUCAUAACUUUUGUAAAAUCCAUCCUUUUUACACGAGUGCCAUUUAUGCUGAAUGUUAUCGAAGUUUAGUUUGCAGCUAAUUUUUGCUGUGGCUAGGUUUUCCGGAAGCCCAUCAUAUACAAGUACAGCAAACAAAACCAUAACUUCUGUUGCUUCGCAUGCUUGUUUGAAGUUAAGUUAAAUUUAUGGUCAAUUGUUUGGAAAUAUGUGAAAGGAAGUCGGUUAGGUUAUUUGGAUUUGUUUCUUAAGAUCGGUUCCCUGAAGUCUCAGGUGAGCGACUGUGGGCCACUGGCCCUCUUGUUUUGUGGAGUUAACCUAUUGUGCUUAUGUCACAAUACUUUUAAUGAAGGGAAAUAACUGCCGUAAAUAUGCUGUACAUGACGUAAUAACAUUUGAAGUAUGUGGCAAAGCAUACAUUUUUGUGAAGUUUAUCAUAAAAUGAUUGCAAAGUGAAGGUGGUUAUGUAGCUUACCAAGAUCUGUUUUUAGAGUCAAAAUAACAUUUCAAAGUAAAUAUUCAGCUCUGAGUUUUAAUAAAGCUUGUACAGUGUUCAAAACUAUGUUUUUUUCUUAAUGAUUGUGUGUAACUGGUAUUUCAUGAUUUGUAUAUACAUUGUAAUUUCCUUUUACUGAAUAUCAUACAAACUGAAAGUGAUAUUUCCUUAUUUUAUUUAAGUAAAGUACGGACACCAUAAACUAAUAUCUUUGAUCUAUUGGAGUAUUUUAUUUAUCCAAGGUUAUUUAUUGAAAACCAGGUCAGCUAGCUUGGUUGAAUGCUGGAAUAUCAAUGCAAGGAACCCGGUUUCAAUAUUUGGCAUGGCCUUAUAAUUUAUGUGAUUGUUAUGGGAAUUUAAUUAUUUUUACAGCCAUUCUUCACUUACAAGAUUGAAGUAAGGCAGCGGACAUAUGUCACUGGCAUAAGUAGGUUCAUUUAACACAGAUAAAAAACAAUUCAUAUAAACCAACAUUUUUAUUAUUAUUUGUUUUACUUGAGAAUUAAACUUCAUUAUAUUAUAAACAAAAAACUUAAUUGCAUAACAAGGAAGCUAGUUCAAAAGAUUGUGACUGCAUUUGAGUCACAGACAAAUGUCGUAAUUAACAUAUUUUCAUUCAUACACACAGUAGGGCACGUGCAUUUAUAUUGUUUGCCAUCAUCUGAAUUAUAUGAAAUAUUGUAUGACACGUUAAGCAUUAUUGUUUGUUAAGAAAUAUAUGUUUUAAUUUUCAUUUAUAUCUACAUUUUAUUGUAUUUAUUUUAUAAUAUCACAGUCCAUUCGAGGACCGAUGUAAUCAUUGCAUAAUCAUCUCAAUGUAUCAUGCAUGUAUAUAGAAUUAAGUAUGUUAAAUAAUGUUUGCUUUUUCCGUUUCCAUAAUAAAAAUUAACAUAGUUAUUUAUGUAU